ACCAGUGACACCUCCAGGACUUCGCUCCCCUCCCUGCACAAUGCUGGCUCUGCUGUGUCUGUGCCUGAUCCUGGGCUCCUCAGUGGCCUCUAGUGUACAGUCUCGUCUUUCUUCCUUUGUGGGGGAGUACGGUGCAGGAGGGGGCACUGCCUUCUCAUUCUCCUCGGAGCAGCUAAAGGGGCCAAUAACAGGUCUGCGAGUGCGGGAGAAUCCAAGUCAUGUCAUAGGGCUCCAGUUCCAGUAUGGUGGCACCUGGGGACCUUACUAUGGGAAUCCAUCAGGAACGCUCCUUGAGAUCUUAUUGUAUCGGGGCGAGAACAUCACCCAAGUGUCGGGGAAGGUGGCCUCCUAUGUCAAUGAGCUGAUCUUUGUGACAAGCCGCGGGAGAAUAUUCAGAUUUGGACAACCCUCCGGCAACAGCUUCAAUGAUUUCCCCCUAUAUGACGGCACCGUCCUCCGCUACGUGAGUGGUCGGUAUUCAUCCGUCAUACACAGCAUUGGUUUCCAUUGGGGGGUUGACCCAAGAUAAGUGACAGUAACAGAGAGUCUGAAUGAUAAGACCCUCAACGGCAGCGGAUUCAAGAAUGAUCUAGAGGGUCCUAGAUCCGGACCCCUGGAUGGUGAUCUCUGUCUAUACCACUAUGUCUUUCUUUACUUAAUGUUUCUACCUCUUCAAUCAUUUUGAAUGUCCAUUCCCCCUACCCCUAGUAGUAACUACCAUCCUGUGGCCCAGUAUAGGAUAUAUAGAAUCUAUAAUGUGUGUCUGAUAAUCCUGCACUGUCCUUACCUAUAAAA